GCAUGCGCAAGCGGGAAUUAUCCCAGGCAUCACUACUGCCGCGGCGCGACGUCCGUUUCAGUCACCGAUGAUCACUCGAGGAGCAAACAUGUCUCGUCUCUUCUCUCCAUCCAUCAAACGAACGACAAUAAACAGUGAUAGAAGAAGUGUCACUCAUUAGUUUGGUGGUGUAUGCGACGAUCACAGGAACGCUGACAUUCCUAGGGCGGGAAGACUGACUCGAAUAAAAGCCGUUUGUCGAUCCUUGAAGAAUGCCUUCGCGACUAAGCAAAUUCAUCGACUCGUCCUGCAAGGAUUUCACUCAUCCUUGGACGGACAGUUGUACCAGUGCAGCAGCCGGUCUCGGGCUGCAUACCCUUCAAGAAAGUCUCAGGCUCUACACCACCGUCUACUUAGUUACGUUUUUAAUGAAAGGAAAAAUACCGUCUAAAAAAGAUGUCGGGAGAACGAUGGCAGGUAUCCUACAAUCUACAGCCUUUCUCUCAUGGAGUUCCUUUUCGUAUCCCAUGUUUAUUUGUAACCUAAGACGAUUACUGGGAGGCUUCCAUCUUCUGACUGUAUCGUUUCUCCCAUCCUUUCUAUCUUCUUUGACAGCUAUACUUAUUGAGAGACCAUCUCGUCGUACUCUCUUAUGUUUAUAUGUAUCCAACAUUGCAUCAGAGACACUGUUUAGGAUGGGGCAAUCCAGAGGAUACUACACUUCCAUUCCAAAGGGUGAAACAUACAUUUUUGCUGUGAGCAUGGCACUGUUACUUUAUUUUCUUCGAUCCAAAACAGAUAAACAAGAUGCCAUAUAUAAAAUACUUAGAGUUAUUGGAAAACAUGAGGAGAUUGAAUACUUUAAAGAAAAUUGCUUCCAACCUAACACAUUACCAUCUUCUACUAAUGAACAUGACAAUAAAGGUUCAAAAAAAAAGCAUGCUACAAGUACUGAAAGAUGUGAAGAUAAUAUAUUGAUGAAGUCACUUGCAACUUAUAAAAGGAUUAUAGAAGCUAUAAAAAAUCAAGGAAAACAUGUGUCUUGUCCACAUCCUUAUAGUUGUGCUCAUUACAUAUUAACGGGUGCUAUGAAGCUUUUUAGUUAUGGUGUAGGUGUUCAGUUAGUACUUAAUUUGGUAUUACGAAUUAAACAAUUACUUAGGAAGCCACAGUUAAUGAAAUCUAUCAUUUUCAAGAAGAAUACCUACAAUUUGGCUGUAUUCCUAGGAGGUUUUGCAGGACUUUAUAGGCUAGUGUCUUGUUCGUUGAGGCAAUUUCUACAAAAAGAUUCUUCCUACUAUGCAAUUCCUGCUGGAUUUAUAGCUGGUCUGACAUUUAUGUCUUACAGUAAUAAUACCGUAGCUUUAUACUUUAUGUGGAAAGCAUUACAGUUAUUAUGGAAUGAUCUUGUGGAAAAGGAAAUAGUACCUGAAGUAAAGGGCUUUGUAAUAUUUUUGUAUUGCGUUAGUACAGCGCUGCUCUUUCAUGUAGCGAUUGUCGAGCCUCAACUUUUACGACCGUCUUAUUGGAAAUUUUUGUGCAACGUAUCUGGUGACAGAAUAGCGGCUAUGUCUCGAAUACCUAUAGAUAAAUUUGGUUUCGAGACAAGGAAACAUCUUGCUGAGGUGCUCAAAAAGACAAACACUACUGAUAAGAGAAUAUAUUCGUUUUAAUCAAAGCUGAAUGGAUGAUAAUUGAUUUUUGUUAAUGGAAAUGUGUUUGUUGUUUACACAUAUUAAUAAAACAACCAAAGAAGUUACCUACAUCAUAAACUUUUGAAACAGUUGAAGUUUAUGAAGAUCAAAUUGGUUGAAAAGUAAAAAUCAGUUUGUAUACCAAGUGUUCAAUUUACGAUACGAAAGGUGUAUUCGGGAAGCCAAGAUUUUAUAUUUUGUGAUAAGUAAACAUUUUUAUUUUUUAAUAUAUGUAUGUUGGGAAUUA